UUUCAGAACACGCUGAUGAGGUCCAACAACAGCCCUUACAACCUGUCAACUUCCAUCUCCGGCUACAGCACGUUUAACGGCACAAUGUCCCCAGGCUCCAUGCACAGCCUGUCGUUUGAAGGCAUCAUGGAGUCGUCUCUGGCCAACUCGCCCAACGUUCCCUCAAAGGAUGCCUUCCAAUACUUGUACAGACCGAGGAACUUUGCUGAAAAGGCGCGAAUUAAUUGCGCGUAAGUUUCAUUUUAAACGUGUUAGUUGUGUCAUUGCUAUAGAAUUUGUUAAACCAAGUUGUAUCAUUGCUAUAGAAUUUGUUAAACCUAGUUGUAUCAUUGCUAUAGAAUUGGUUAAACCUAGUUGUAUAAUUUCUAUAGAAUUUGUUAAACCUAGUUGUAUCAUUGCUAUAGAAUUUGUUAAACCUAGUUGUAUCAUUGCUAUAGAAUUUGUUAAACCUAGUUAUAUCAUUGAUAUAGAAUUUGUUAAACCUAGUUAUAUCAUUGCUAUAGAAUUUGUUAAACCUAGUCAUAUCAUUGCUAUAGAAUUUGUUAAACCUAAUUAUAUCAUUGCUAUAGAAUUUGUUAAACCUACACAAUUUUGGGGAAUAAGAUGGCCCAGACUUUCCAUCACUCUUAUGAUAAUGUAAGUUCUUAAAGUAAGAGUCAUUCUGUGUGCCCGGAGAGUGUGACCAAUGGCUCUAAAAUUCUUGUUACAGAUGGUUAGAUUCCUCAACGUCGCUCAUGGAACAGGGCAUCAGAGAAAACGAUUUCAUUAUGCUCAAGUUUAAAUUCUACAACUACUACGACCUCAACCCUAAGGUAAGUGAAAUCCUGCUA